CGACGAUUGAAGCCUUGCCGCUCACCAGCUCCUGCUUUACCUCCUAUAUUUACUGCUUUAGCUCGACGGAUCGCCUUUCUUUGCCGGAAUUUAAGGAAAUGGAUGUACACCAUAGCUCUCCUAGAAUUAGUGUGGAGAAACCAGAAGCCCACAAACCCUGUAACAAGGAUGCCGCACUUGGAGGUGAUCUUUGGACAGAUGGACUUAUUUGUGCUUUUGAAUAUAUUGGGAGACCAAAGAAAUCAAUUGAUUCAAAAUCCAGAUCCAAGAUGACAGACAGGCAACGAAUUAAUACUGAGUUUCCAACCACGCUGGUGCCUACAACUGAACCGAAUAAUGGCAAUGCCAAUACAUGCGAGAGGAAAAGAUUCUUCGAACCGACAUGUCCGGAGGAUCUGGAGAGCCAAUGUACCCAGUUUUGUGAAAGAGAAAGAGUUGAAAGAAAUAGCUGGUUACCUAUAGGAUGGGACAGAAUAUCAGAGCUGGUUCAAACGAUACAAGUAGAUGCUGAAUGGGCCACAAUGUCAUGUGAUUUUUUGGAUGAAGAAGAUGACCUUCCAGUUGCAGAUCUUGUAGCACCUUAUUGGAAGCGCCCAGCUGGACCUAUAUGGUGGUGCCAUGUCUCUGCAAGCCACCCUUCUGUUGAGGCGUGGCUCAGAACUGCUCACUGGUUGCAUCCUGCCAUUAGUUUGGCUUUAAGAGAUGAAAGUAGACUGAUAAGCGACCGCAUGAAGCAUCUUUUCUACGAGGUUCCAGUAAGGGUAGCUGGAGGACUGCUAUUUGAACUCUUAGGACAAUCUGCUGGUGAUCCAUUCAGUAACGAGGAUGACAUUCCCAUUGUACUUCGGUCAUGGCAAGCUCAGAACUUCCUGAUAACGUCAUUGCAUGUUAAAGGACCGAUAUCAAACAUAAACGUUUUAGGCAUCACAGAAGUUCAGGAGCUUCUGAUAGUAGGAGAUUAUAAUGCACCAAGAACAGUGCAUGAAGUUAUAGCACAUCUAGCUUGCCGUCUUACAAGAUGGGAUGAUAGGUUAUUUCGAAAAUCCAUAUUUGGAGCAGCAGAUGAGAUUGAAUUGAAAUUUAUGGACAGGAGAAACCAUGAAGAUAUGCAUCUUUUCAGUAUAAUCUUGAAUCAAGAAAUCAGAAAAUUAUCAAGACAGGUUAUCAGAGUAAAAUGGUCGCUGCAUGCGAGGGAGGAGAUUGUAUAUGAGCUUCUUCAACAUUUACGAGGGAAUGUGACAAAAGCCUUAUUGGAGCGCAUAAGUAAGAGUACUAGACAAAUGAUUGAAGAGCAAGAAGCAGCUCGUGAUCGUUUAUUCACCAUUCAAGAUGUCAUGCAGAGUAACGUUCGUGCAUGGUUACAGGAUAAAAGCCUCCGAAUAACUCAUAACUUGGCUGUUAUUGGUGGCUGUGGCCUUGUUCUUUCCAUUAUAACUGGGCUGUUUGGAAUCAACGUAGAUGGGAUCCCCGGAGCACGAGAUACACCAUAUGCAUUUGGAAUAUUUUCAGCUAUCCUAUUCUUCUUAGGGAUUGUACUGAUAGGAGGAGGCCUGGUUUACCUCGGCUUGAAGAAGCCCAUGGAAGAAGGUAAGGUUCAGGUCAGGAAGCUGGAACUGCAAGAGUUGGUUAAAAUGUUUCAACACGAGGCAGAAACUCAUGCUCAGAUGGCAACCCCGUAAAUGGUAGAGAUGGAGCUCUACUCGACUCGAUGACAGUGGUUGAUUGUCGAACAACUGCAACUUUCUGGCUAUUAGAGAUGCAUGCUCAAGGGCGCCAUUGUUUGCUUCUUUCUUGGCUAUAAAGAAGAGAGUACAGCAUAUGAAAGGUAUUGUUAAGUUAAAAGCAUAAACAUAUUAUUGGAAAGAUGUCAUUGUAUAUAUGUAUAAUAAGCAGAAAUGUUGUGUAGUACAUGUAAACAUAAAUAAUAACAUAUAAUCUCUCCCUUAAAAAAGUUUGGCACAGUUUCUAUA